AUGGCUUCAUCAGGCUUUUCACCAGCUGCACCACUAGUUUUCAAUGGUGAAGGUUUUCACAUAUGGCUGGUCAAGAUGAAGACUUACCUGCAGGCCUUUGAUCUGUGGGAAGUUGUUAACACCGAUGCUGAGCCAGCACCACUAAGGGCCAAUCCCACAGUAGCUCAGAUCAGACAACAUGCUGAUGAGAGGACCAAGCGGCACAAAGCCAUGUCCUGUAUUCAGAACUGUGUGUCAAAUGUCAUCUUCACUAGAAUUAUGGCCUGUGAAACUCCAAAACAGGCUUGGGAUAAGCUCAAUGAGGAGUUUCAAGGCACAGAGAGGAUAAGGCAACAACAGCUGUUGAAUUUAAUAAGAGAUUUCGAGAACUUAAAGAUGAGGGAAGAAGAAACAGUGAAGCAGUAUGCAGAUAGAAUCAUGGCAGUGGUCAACAGUAUUAGGCUCCUAGGUGAGAACUUUAAUGAGGCAAGAAUAGUGGAGAAAGUUCUUUGUACUUUGCCUGAGAGGAACAAAGAAGAGCUAGCAGGGCUGAAGACCAUCAGGAAGGUGCUUUUCAAGCCAAAGCCAGAUAAGCCAGAUAAGCCAGAAGAGCUAGCAGGGCUGAAGACCAUCAGGAAGGUGCUCAUAAAGGCAAAAAGUUAUGGAAAAACAGGCCUAAGCCUGAUGCUGCAAGAAGCAGUGACCAACCCUAUAGGCAUUGCAAGAGGCCUGAUCAUCCAGAGGAGAGAUGCUGGUUUAGACCAGAUGCUGAAUCUACACUCUCAGCAGAAAAAUACAGAGGUUCAAGUGGCUGAAGAUAGUAGUGAGCAUAAAGAACAUAUCUUUGCUGUGUCUUGCUUAGCUGCUGAGAAGAAGUGUCCAAAAGGUUGGUUAUUGGACAGUUUCCGUACAAACCACAUGUCACUAGAUGCAUCCUUGUUCAAAACUCUUGAUAGAAGCUACAAAACUAAAGUCAAGGUUGGAAAUGGCAACAAAGUCAUCUCGAAUGUGCUGUUGGUACCUGAGAUUGACAGAAACCUUCACAGCAUAGCUCAACUGCUUGAGAGAGGCUACUCAGUUGUGUUCAAGGGCAAGCAGUGUCAAAUUGCUGAUCCAAGUGGAUCAAGCCUCAUGACAGUCACUAUGACUGACAAAUGUUUUGAGGUUCAUUGGCCAAGUGACUCAAAGUCAGCCUACACAGCAUCUGCUAAUGAUUCCAAGCUUUGGCAUCAAAGGCUUGGACAUGCCAACUUCAAAUCGAUGGCUUAA